AGUUGAGGGCGUUCUUUAACGUUGAUCUGCUGGAGAGAAGCAGGAGGACUUUGUUAUUGUUUUGGUAGUAGGCCAAGCCGAAGUUGAUAAUAAUAUAAUAAAUCUUACAACGUUUCAAGUACUUCGUAGACUAAAUCAGAACCUUAGCUAGGUCAAUGACAAGAUGAAUUUCAUGGAGGCAUACCCUGACCGCUGUUCAACUGUAGGGUCUGCAGCCAAAGCUGGUGACGUGGAGUUGCUAAGGAACCUCAUAGCCCAGGGUUGCUGUAUUAGUAUACCUGAUAAUCGAGGCUGGUUUCCUCUGCAUGAAGCUGCAGCCGCUGGCAAUACAGACUGCAUUCAGAUACUUCUGAAUCAUGAAGAAACAGAAGUUGACUGGCAGACAUUUGAAGGGGAGACAGCUUUGUACCUCGCAGCAAGUGGAGGGCAUGCAGAGGCUGUAGAAGAGUUGCUGAAGGCUUGUGCCACAAUAGACCUUGCUAACAAUGAAAGUGGUACUCCACUAUUUCAAGCAUCUAAUCACAAUCAUGAAGCAUGUGUUAAGUUACUCCUGGAAUACAAAGCGAAUGUCAACUGUGUCUAUUUCAAUGGCUGGACUCCACUGCACACCGCUGCAUACGGUGGACAUAUUGGUAUAUUGAAGAGACUUUUGAAAGCUGGAGGCAAAGUAACCACCGUAGAUGAUUACAACAUUACACCUACCUUUGUAGCUGCUCAGUAUGGACAUGCAGAUUGUCUAAAGAUAUUACUUGAUUCUGGUGGAGAUGCUAACACUCAAGCUGAAGAUGGCGCUACAGCUUUGUAUAUUGCAGCUCAGGAAGGCUACUCAGACUGCAUCAGAUACUUACUAGAUGCAGGUGCGGACCCAAACCUCUUAACUAUAGACGGCUGCAAACCAAUCCAUGUUGCUGCUGAAAAGAAUCAACUUGUAUCACUUGAGCUGCUGUUAACAGUGAGUCAAUUGGACUAUGUAAAGGGUGCAAGCAGUUGGUCUCCUCUGCACUGUACAACUGUUAAUGGCAACAUCAAGGCUGCUAAGCUUAUCUUAGAUCAUGGCUGUAAUGUGAACACAGGGUUUACAAAUUCCAUCAACCGGCCCACACUACCUCAAGACUUAUCACCAUUGUUUCAUUCAUUUACUCUCGGAGCAACAAAACUUUUUGACUUUCUGCUUUCUAGAGGAGCACGUCUUCAAUGUGAAGGGGAAGCUGUUGGUGGAUGUUAUAUGUACCACCUAUUUGUUUCUGGACUAAAGGACAGCGCAAGUGCAAUGAAAAAGUUAUUGAACAGUGGGUUACGUAUUGAAUGUCCAUGCGUUUCUCCAUAUUAUUUCCACCACAAUGUUUGUAAGGACAGCCAGUUACUAUUGUACAAGUACCUUCUGGAUUGUGGGUUAAAACCGAGGUUAAGCUGUUGUGAAUUAUGCCUUUGUUCUCAGGGUCCAUUACACAGGCCAUUUCUACAGGCAAGUCUUAGCCUAGCUGUUUUCUAUGUCCGAACCUGUGUGGCGAAUUUAUGCCCUGGCUCUGUAGCAGUACUCAGAGACUCUGUCUGUUGGCCACAGCUCAGCAAAGUUAUAG